CUUGACAGAGGGGAACGCCUGUACAUGGCUACUCCCCUCCGUGCUGCUCUUUGAUGUUGAAAUACAAAACAUCGGUUUGAUUCGAUGCAUCGUUACUAUACAUCGAGUGUUUUUAAUACAUCGAUGUAUAAUAAAUAUUGUAUAUCGUGAAUCGUCCACUCCUACGGCUCCUACCCCCCCACUUCCUAAAGUAUUGCUGACAUAUAGCAACGUGUAUUAUAUAAAAAAAUAAAAUAAUUUAAAGUGUUAUCGUUUAACAUAAUCAGCUUAUUUUAAAAAGUAACUAAAAUAAGAUUUGAAUUUGUAUAUAAACGUGGUGACAAUUUUGCGCAAAACUUACAAUUAGGUAUUUCAUCAUUAUAUAAAAGUUGGAAUUUUACAAUUUCCUUAGUAUUAUGAGUGAAGCGUGGCGCACAAAGAAAGAUAUUAUCAAGGAUCUGAAAUUUGCUACAGGAUCAUAUAAUGAUGAACUAAAUGAAGAGUAUGUAGUAUGGGGGGAGCAGCCACCGCCACGGCUCGUCAUGCCGGAUGAAGGUGAUGAAAUGCUAAGAAUAUGUGGCGGGGUAGGACCAGGCGAUGUGUCGACCUCUAAUGAGGUCUGCGAGCCAGAUUUAGCAGGAAUAACACAAAUGUUAAGAAUGGUAGAACAGUUCAAUGAAUCGUCUUCAAACGAAAGUAACAAUGACACACAAAGUAAAACAGCCACAAACACAUUAAUCUCUAUAAGUAAAUUAAAUCCAAAUGUACCUGCUUUCGAACCAAAAAAUAUUGACACUGUAGUUUUAAAUAAAUUAAGUGAAGUGGAUAAAAACUGUGUCGCAACUACUUCUGUAAAAGCAAAAGAAAUUGAUGAAGUAAAACAAUUCAAUAUUGCUAAGAAUGUUGAUGACAUGAAAAUAAUGAAUAAAGCUGAUAAUGUUAUUACUGAUUUUAGUCGUGUUGACACAUCGAGACUUACAGAUGCUGAAGUGCAGGAAAUGAGAGCCAAAGUAAAAGAAAAAAUUCGCGUUACUUCCAACGAGAAGUGUGGUAAAUUAAAACGUGAACGCAAUUUAGCUAUUGCUACCUUAGUUAAAUUGCAUUGUGCGUCACAAACGAAUGAUCUCAAUACCCCUAAGUUAAUAAGUCCGGAGUAUUUCGAACAAAGAUUGUCGGAUCAGAAAGAAAAAUUAAGUGACAGUGAAGUACCAGGAAAUGUAUCUUAUUUAGAUAUAGCGCUUAAUAACCCUGACAAUGCGACAGAUAGCUCUGUAGUAUAUAAAAGAUGCGAACCGUUAGUUGAUAAGAAUACGGCUGAAUCAAAUGAAAUGGUCAAUGAAGAAACAGAAUAUAGGACGGAAAUAUCGAAUAGUUCUAUUGCGAGGAAUUUACAAAGCAAAGAAACUUUACCUACUACAACUUCUAAUAACGAAACAAAUAAAGAAGUUAAGCAAUCAAUAGAAAAAGUUGAAAACUGGCUGAACAGUCCACAGAAAGUACCAAAAGCUCCUCCACUUUAUUUAGGACCUGUAACGUUUAAAAGAAAAGCCAAAUCAAGCAACAGUAAGCCAGAGUCACCGAUUUCAACUAUUUCGGACAAUACCAGCACCGUUAUAAAUACGGUAGAAGAAUUCAUACCGUCGGAAUACGCUUCUCAACUGAACAAAGAAUACGUGGAACGAAGCAAAGCAAAGCAAAAAGUAGAACAGGACAUCUGGACGAAACUGGAAGCACAAUUAAUAGAAAAGGACGAAAUAUUAAAAAAACUUGCACAAAAGCCUAGCUCCAGCUAUACAACGGAGUAAAGUAACUGAAAUAUUUAUAAUAAUAUUGUUAUUUUAUUGUUCACACUUGACAAAAAUGAUGAAAUUGUUGGAUCUAUUUUAUGCCUUUCUUAUACAUUGUAUAAAUGUUGGAAAGGUA